CAAAAAGGUAACAACUAAGAACUUGAAUCGAGUUAAAACAUGAUAUUUGUAUGCUUGAAAGACCACUUUGAACCUUAUGAUAACGGUUUACGUGUAAGGCCUUUUUUUAGCUCAUUGCAUUACAAUGGGUUGCAAACUUCUUUAAGCCCACUAAAUUAAAUGGUUGGGGUUGUUGUACUUAAACUAACAAUGGUAUUAGUACAUGUUGUUUGUAAAAUUGUCAUCAGAUCCGCUGUAGCACACUGGUCAAUUUUAAUUGAUGAAAUCCGGGUUCAACCCUAGCUGAUACAUUUUUUAUAGUAAGAUUAUAGGUUUUAAAUCAAUGAUAAUGUCGAUAGUUUAUUCCUUCUCACUAAACCUUAUACGUCAACAGUAAAACAAUAAAACGUCGUGAAAUUAUAGAACAAUUCGAUAGUGUUUUGCUAAGAAAUUAGCUAACGUUAUCUUCGAAACAAAAACAAAAACAAAAAUCAUACUUGCUCUGUCAACACAAAUUCAUUUCCUUAUACAAAAGUUGUCAAGAAAACCAGGAGGUAAAUCAUACUUUCUCUGUCAACACAAAUCUGUAGAAAAUUGGAGUUUAUUUCCAGAUAAAAUUGACAACGAGAUCGUGGUCAAGUGAUAGGAAGAGCCAAGAGAUUGAAUUUUUAAUUAUUGAUCUCUUUUUCAUAACUUCUAGAAGACUUUGAUAAAUAGUAUCGAAUAAAGUCAGUAGUAGAAUCUUUUACGUGAACCCUAAGAGCGUCCACAACGGGGGUCCGUAACGAAUCUUUACCCAGUCCGUGAGAUUAUUAAAUUAAUAAACGAGCCGAGAAAGGGAAGGAUUAGUCCGUAACUAAGGAUUAAACGGACUUGAUCCUUAGCUACGUGUCAUAACCUGAGUGGUCCGGUGGGUUUUCGUAUUUGCUGUAUCAAAAAAAAAACAACGACAUUUGCGACCGAAGCGGAAAAAAAAUAGCUCUCGAGAAAAGGUGAUUUGUGGCGAUUUCGAUCCGUCUCGACAUCAAGGUAAAUGUUCAGAUUUUCUUGCAGAUUUAUGGAUUAGGAUUAGGUUCGUGCGUCUUUUCCUGUCAAUCGGUUUCGUUUUGUGUUUACAAUCGAAGAAUAUUUGGGGGUUGAAAUUUUGAUGUGAAAUUAGGGUUUCGAAGAAUUCUUUUUCCCAGUCGAUUAGGAGUUUAAGGUCGUUUGUACUUAGAGUUUGAUUACCUUCGAUUUUGUUGUUCUCUCAAUUGUUUGGGAUUUUGUGUUUUCAAUCGACGGGGUUUGAUAAGAUUAUUGGGGUUUCGCAUUUUUCAAUCCCAUUUUCCCACUUGUUGUUAGCGUUUUGUAUCUCUAUUGGUUUGCAAGAAGUUGAAUGUACUUAAGAGUCAUGUAGAUUAUAGGUUCAUUCAGAUGCUUGUUUCAAUUAAUUUGGGUUACAUGAUUUUUGUCAGGUUUAGGAAGAAUGGGACAAGAUUAUUCAUACAGCCAGCCUUCAUCAUCAGAUGAGUACGACAUAAACGCACUGAUUCAAGCCGAAUUUGAACUGUACGGGGAUGAAGCUGAGAGUAACUACCAUAUUGCUGAGCCGCUUCAGUACGAACCUCAACCCGAGUGUGACGAAGGAAUCCCGACCAUCUGCUACUGUGGUGGUGACCCUGUGGUUGCAAUAUCUUCCACGGCUAAAGAUCUAGGGAGGAGGUACUUUACCUGCCCAAAUGUGGAUGAUGGGGACUGCCACAUUUGGAAAUGGUGGGACGUGGCUAUCACGGAGGAGAUGCGUGAGUUGCAGACACAAAUUAGGCAGCUUAAGGAUCAAGGUUUUGAGUGUGAGGAGAAGGUGGUAAAGCUACAGAAGACUGUGUGUGCGUUAUCUAAGAAGAAACCGGGGCUUAUUACAAAUGGCUUUGCAAUGGAGGUUUGUCUAGUGGUCUCUGCAGUAGUUUUUUUAGGUCUGGCGGUCAUGUAUCUGUAUGGUAAGUUACUCUCUUGUGGUUUUGGGUAUGUCUUUAUGCAUUUUUUAAAAAAAUUGUGACAGUUUGAU